AUGGUUUUGGUCACGAACAGCGCGGAUAACCAGAAGAUCUAUAAUCUCUCAGGCGGCCGCAGCCGGGCUGCAGAUUUCCUUCCUCGAAGGAAGCGACGUCGGCGGAGGGAAGGAGCUGCGAAAGAAGACUACGCAGACAGCACGCAAGAUGUCGAGCUUCUUCAAGACUUCGAGUUUCCUGUCUCCUCGCAGUGCAUUCGAGUGUCGCCAGAUGGCAGUUACAUUGCUGCCACUGGCGUCUACCCUCCCGAGGUGCGCAUGUAUGCGGUGGAAUCGAUGGGCAUGAAAUUCCGCAGAGGACUGGACCACGAAGUCAUCGACUUCCUUUUCUUGAGCGAGGACUAUCGCAAGCUCUUCUUCUUGCAGGCGCAACGCCACAUCGACAUCCACACACAAGGAGGCACGCAUCAUAGGCUGCGAAUUCCGCGCGAGGGCAGAGGUCUCUGUUUCCUUCCCACGCUGGCGAGCGUCUGCAUUGCAGCAAGCGGCGAGGAGGUUUACAUGCUUGACCUGGAGGACGGGUGCUUCCUCACCCCCUGGACGACAGCGAGUUCGUCGAACAACUGCUGCUUCACGUCUGAGGUUCUCCCCGUCCUUGCCGUUGGAGGGGAGAACGGCGUCGUAGAGUGCUUCGAUCACCGCACAGCUCGAAGCGUCGCAUCCUUGAACGUGGCAUCCCAUGCAUCGCCUGCCGCAGAUGAGAACGUGCAAGUCACCUGUGGGGCCUUCUCUCCGUCCAGCCUCCACAUGUGCGUGGGGACGAGCACCGGGACGUGUCUCCUCUACGAUCUCCGCAGCAGCCGUCCUUUGGCUCGGCAUUGCCACUAUAACUUUGAGCCAAUCAAGCAGGUCUCCUGGAAGGCCGUGGGGUCGACUGGGAAAGGGAGGUCGCCUGUGUCUUUGUUGCGCCUCUCCGAGGCUGAGGGUGGCUCCUCGCAGACGCUCUCCGCCGUCUACGAGGCAGAGACCUCUGCGUCGCAAGGGGAUCUUGUCUUAGCUAGCUGCGACGCAGUUAGCAUCCAUAUUUGGAAAGAAGGGGAAGACCUGCGACAAAGAGAGGACGCCGGCUGGGGCGUGUCGGUUCCUGGCUCAGAGAGCGCGCAAUGGGAAGGAGGAAGACGAGGAAACUACCGGGUGAAAGUCAUUUCAACGAUCGAAGCGCCUGUCGCCUCGGCGGAGGAAGAGACUGGAAAGACGGGGACAGGAGGUGGAGAGAAACAGACCGGAGGCGUCCGAGAUCAGCGCGUGGUCACCUUCAACAAUUUUGCCUUCUACCAGAACUCAGGGCUUUGCUUCACGUCAUGUGAACAAAAACGCAUGGGGGUCUACUUCUUGCCUGGUCUAGGCAUCGCGCCCAGUUGGUGUUCGGUCUUGGAGACGAUCACGGAGGAGCUCGAGGAGAGCGGAGGUCUUGGGUCUGGAGGGGCGCCUGGAGACGGCGCCUCAGGAGGCGCUGCAGCGUCGUCAGUCUACGAUAACUACCGCUUCGUUACUCGCCAGCAACUCGAACAAAUGGGAGUCCAGGAGCUCAUUGGAACGUCGUAUGUGAAGCGGUACAUGCACGGUUACUUUAUGGAUGCGAAACUCCACAGGAAACUCCAGGAAGCUCUGGAGCCCUUCGGCUACGAAGAGUAUCGCCGGGAAAAGGUUCGCCAGAAGGUGGAGGAGAAGAAGAAAAUGCGCAUUGAGAUUCGUCACAAACUUCCGAAGGCGAACACGGCCCUCGCCAAGAGAUUGGAAGAGAGCGCGGUGGGACGGGCUUCGGGCGGCACGAAGAAAGAGAAAAAGCAGCAGGAGGCGGCACGGCAGUUGCUUACAGACCAGCGUUUCCAACGUCUCUUCUCCAAUCCAGAUUUCGAGAUCGAAGGAGACGAGAUGUGA